UAACAAUAACAAUAAAGAAAACCGUGAAAAGACCGAGAUCAAGAAACGAAAAGUCAGUCGUGCGUCGUCUGUAGCGAAGAGAAGACACAGGAAACAGACAAAUAAAGAAGGGAGGCAGCGUGACAGAUUUUUGGACUCGUCAAACGCCGAGAGAAUCUUUAAUCUUCACCAUGGCUGCUUUUGAUGAUAUAAAACAGCUGGCUCACCCUUAUCACAUGCUAAAUUUGAUGAUGAGUCUCAGCUUCUUGACGGCUAAAUUUACGCCGGUUUUGUGUGAAAUUCUCUUUCCCGAAGGCGAUUGUGGGGAGCUCACUAUGUGGGAAUCUGAAGUGAUGUUCUUCAUGAUUGUCAUCAUUGCCUUCAGAACCCGCAAGAGUGGGAGCAGGACCAUGCUUGCAUAUAUCUCUGUUGCGUCCACAUAUGCUAAACUCUGCAAUGUUCUCCUGUGGUUCAGUGCUGAUCCUGUGUAUGGCAUUCUGUAUCUUGUGUUUGCCAUCACUCAUUUCCUCCUGGUUGGAGAACCUGUAUAUCAAGGGCCCGAGAAUCUGACUUACUUCCAAGGCAAAGAGUUGGACGAGGAGCUGCAGCGAGACAAGAAUACGGUGUGGCUUAUCACCUUCUACACCGCAUGGAGCCCUGCUUGCUCAAGUCUGGCACCCAUAUUUGCAAAGCUCUCAGCCCAAUAUGCCCUCGACAACCUGAAAUUUGGUAAGAUUGAUGUAGGGCGUUAUCCUGAUGCAGCAAAAAAAUACCACAUCAACGAUUCAGCAUUUUCUCUUCAGCUCCCAACCAUUUCAAUCUUUAAGAAGGGGACUGAAGUUGAAAGACGGCCUUGCUUGGAUGCCAACGCCAAGUUCCAGAAAUUUUACUUCACAGAGGAUAAUAUUAAGGCUUCCUUUGAUCUGAACAAUUUGUACCUCCAGUGUAAGAAGGAUCUAGAGGCAAAGAAAGGGAAGAAGGAAGCUCAUGUUAAAGCAGAGUAAAGCAAAAAGACAAUACAGUGAUAUGUUUGAAGAAGUUGUACAUCAUUUUACCUAAGACAUUUUUUUAAACCAGGUAAUGAAUCUGUUGUUUAUGUUGUAGCAUAAAAUUAUUAAGAGGUCCUUUGUUCCUUUGAACAAGAUCACAAAAGAGCUUAGUUCAUAGCUUUUUUUUUUAAAGAUAUGUUAUUGUUUUAUUGGUUAGCACACUACUUUUAAAUACUUUUAUUAUUGUACCCAACAUUUUUCUUUUUUUUUUUAUUACAGAUAUGGUAGUUUUCAUAUACCAAGCUUGAUGUAAUGAUGGCAACAAUCAGAUUAUAUAUAUAUAUUUACUAAUCAGUGAUCUACAACUUAUUGAGCAAUCACUGAAUUCUCCCAAAUAUUUGAGUAAAGCAAGGAACUUAUUGUGAAUUAUAUUCCUUCAUAAAAUAAGGUUAUCCCUAACUGUGAAAAAAGGCAAAGGCUUUGAAAAAUAGUAUGUGCAAUUGUUAGUUUUCCAUAUUGUCCCAUUAUAUUCAAGAAUACCAAAGUUCAGUGUAUGAAGUUACAUAUCCUGUAUUGUUCCCAUGUGUCAGAGUUGCAUGAACCAAAAGCUUUUGAAAGGUUGUAUGACUGAAAUUCCACAUAUAAAAAGUUGUUCUCAUUAAAAUCAUUGCUGUGAAGGGAGUAUGCAUUGAGUAUCAUGUAACUGUAGUUGUAAUUCAUUUUCAUGCUCAAAUGUUAGAAGCUUCAGAAGAAAUAGUUUACAGAACCUGUAGUAUUAUGAUGGUUAUUUUUAUUUCUUAGUAUAUUACAUGCUUGUUCAUCACAUACUGGCCAUUUAUCUAAAAUACUAUAUGAUAAAAUAGUCAUCUAAUGCAUACUGGUUAACUAACUGUAAACAUGAAGUGUACUGUACUUACAUCCAUUAGGCAUAUCUUACUGCUGGUUAUUUUAAUAAUUUGCUUGUAAACAGUGCAUUCACAGCUUUGUUGUGAAAUAGCAAGGCAUAUCAUUAUUAUUCACUUUUGCCCAGCAUAUAGCUUGUUAAUCAAAAGGUUUGAGUAUGAUAUAUAUAAAUUUUGAAAAAGACAAGCUAUUUGCCUUUCAUCAGCACAUCUCCAAGUUUUGUUACAAGUUGUAUAUAAGAUUUAUUAAGAUGAUUUUCCAUGUUUGUGCUAAUUUGCAGAUAUGGUUAAUUUAUCACAUAAACUUUUGUAAUAAAGAUUAUUUGUGCCA